UUCUAAUCUGAUGCCGAGGCUGAAGGAGUCUCGCAGCCACGAGUCGUUGCUCAGCCCCAGUAGUGCUGUGGAGGCCGUGGACCUCAGCAUGGAGGACGAGGUGCUCAUCAAACCUGUUCACAGCUCCAUCCUCGGACAGGACUACUGCUUCCAGGUCACCACCUCAACAGGAAGUAAAUGUUUCUCCUGUCGAUCUUCAUCAGAGAGGGACAAGUGGAUGGAGAACCUGAGGAGAGCCGUCCACCCCAACAAGGACAACAGCCGUCGGGUGGAGAACAUGCUGAAGCUGUGGAUCAUCGAAGCCAAGGACAUUCCGGCCAAGAAGAAGUACUUCUGCGAGCUGUGUCUGGAUGACACCCUGUACGCCCGCACCACCUGCAAGCUCAAGACCGACAACGUCUUCUGGGGUGAGCACUUUGAGUUCAACAACCUCCCGGCUGCCAAGAGCAUCACGGUCCACCUCUACAAGGACUCGGACAAGAAAAAGAAAAAAGACAAGAACAAUUACAUCGGACUGGUCAACAUCCCAGUCGCCGCGGUGACGGGAAGGCAGUUCAUGGAGAAGUGGUACCCGGUAAGCACUCCGACGCCCAACAAGGGGAAGACGCCAGGGCCCAUGAUUCGGAUCAAGGCCCGCUACCAGAGCAUGAACAUCCUGCCUAUGGAGAUGUAUAAGGAGUUUGCAGAGUACACCACCAAUAACUACAUGUUGCUGUGCUCCGUGCUGGAGCCUGGCAUCAGUGUGAAGAACAAGGAGGAGAUGGCUUCUGCCCUGGUCCACAUUCUACAGAGCACCGGCAAGGCCAAGCUGAGUGAGUUUAUCAAGGCGUUGUAUGAGUCAGAUGAGAACUGUGAGGUGGACCCGUCCAAGUGUUCGUCCAAUGACCUGCAGGAGCACCAGAGCAACCUGAAGAUGUGCUGUGAGCUGGCCUUCUGCAAGAUCAUCAACUCCUACUGUGUGUUUCCACGGGAACUCAAGGAGGUGUUUGCAUCGUGGCGACAGGAGUGCAGUAGCCGGGGGCGACCGGACAUCAGCGAGCGCCUGAUCAGCGCGUCUCUGUUCCUGCGUUUCCUGUGUCCGGCCGUUAUGUCCCCGUCGCUUUUCAACCUGAUGCAGGAAUACCCUGAUGACCGCACCGCACGCACACUCACACUCAUCGCCAAGGUCACGCAGAACCUGGCCAACUUCGCCAAGUUUGGCAGUAAGGAGGAGUACAUGUCCUUUAUGAACCAGUUCCUGGAACAUGAGUGGACCAACAUGCAGCGAUUCCUGCUGGAGAUCUCUAACCCAGAGACCAUCUCUAACACUGCAGGGUUCGAAGGUUACAUAGACCUGGGACGGGAGCUGUCCACCCUGCACAACCUGCUGUCAGAGGUCGUCUCUACCAUGGACCAGAGCUCCGCCUCCAAGCUAGGCCCCCUACCCAGGAUCCUCCGGGAGGUGAACACAGCGCUGAACAACCCGUCCAGCAUGACCAUGAGCAUGACCCCUCCGUCCUCCUCUGACCGUAUGGGGUCACCGCCCAAUGCCGGGGCAGGCUGCAGCAUCUCCACCGGCCUACAGAAGAUGGUCAUCGACAAUGACCUUUCAGGGUUGGUGGACUUCACCCGGUUACCCUCCCCCACCCCGGAGAACAAGGAACUCUUCUUUGUCACCAGGAACGCUGGGAUCCAGCCCACCCCGGCCCGCAGCUCUAGCUACUCUGAAUCCAAUGAGCCCGACCUGGGCAUAGCCAACGGCAGCAAGAGCCUGUCCAUGGUGGACCUCCAGGACCCCCGCAGCUUAGAGAGUGGCCCAGGCCCUGGCCCGUCAGACGGCCUGGGCGAGGGCAUCGUUCCUGGGGGAGUGUGGUCAGCCCGAACCCCCCAGGGGAACAUCACUGGAGGUCCUACUCUGAGAAGGCCCGUCCAGACCCCCACCACCCCCGGAUCGGAGAGCGCCCCAGGCAGACCUGCUCAGCUUCUAGCCCCCCUGUCCUUCCAGAACCCCGUCUACCAGAUGGCGGCAGGGCUGCCCUUGUCGCCGCGGGGCCUGGUCGACUCGGGUUCUGAGGGCCACAGCUCCCACAGUUCCCAUAGCAACAAUGAGGAUGGGCCAGGAGGAGGAGGGGGGAUACACAACUCCUUCCUGAACCACGGAGUAGGAGGUGGGGGGAGCAGCGUGGAGGAGUAUGCCCGUCGUUCGGGGGAGUUCAUAGGCACGCGGAGGCAGCUGUCACUCACAGAGGCCCAGCACCAGCCCACCGUGCCCAGACAGAAUAGCGCCGGCCCCCAGCGCAGGAUAGACCAGCCCCCUCCACAGACCACCGUCACCAGGGGCCGCACGCCCCCAAACCUGCUCAACAGCGGGCCCUACCCGCGCCCCUCCAGCAGCAGCAUGAUGUCAUCCCCCGACUGGCCCGGCAACGGGGCGCGGCUACGGCAACAGUCGUCGUCAUCAAAAGGAGACAGCCCAGAGAGCAAGCAGAGAGCCCAGCACAAACAGGCCCCCUCCCCAGUGAAGCCCAAUGCACUGGACCGUACGGCUGCCUGGCUGUUGAAUAUGAAUGUUCAGUAUGUAGACCAUGAGGGGAUGGACCCCGAGUUCAGAAACAGAGAGGAUCUCACUCAGGCCGAGAAGUACCAGCAGGAGAUUGUGGUCCUCCAGGAGAAGCUGCGUGUGUCGGUCCAGAAGCUGGAGGAGUAUGAGGCUCGUCUGAAGGGUCAGGACGACGGUGCUCAAAAGGUGCUGAUGGAGUACCAGGCACGGCUGGAGGAGUCUGAGGAACGCCUGAGACGACAGCAGGAUGACAAGGACCUCCAGAUGAAGGGUAUUAUAAGCAGGUUAAUGUCGGUGGAAGAGGAGCUAAAGAAAGAUCACAAUGACAUGCAGGCUGUGGUUGACUCCAAACAGAAGAUCAUUGAUGCACAGGAGAAACGUAUAGCGUCCCUGGACACGGCCAACGCCCGUCUGAUGAGUGCCCUGACCCAGCUGAAGGAGCGCUACAGCAUGCAGACCCGUAACGGCAUCUCCCCGACCAACCCCACCAAGCUCCAGAUCACUGAGAAUGGAGAGUUCAGGAACAGCAGCAACUGCUAGAGGCAGAGAGAGAGAGAGAGUGUGUGUGUGUGUGUGUGUGUGUGUGUGUGUGUGUGUGUGUGUGUGUGUGUGUGUGUUGGCUGGUGCUUGUAGAGGACACUUCCUUAUAUGGACACUACAUGGUGAGGAGAAUGUGAGUGAGGAGACCACUGCCAGGGGCCAAGCGAGGAGGCGGGUCUUCAGUUUGACAGACAGCAGACCAGGAAAGAGACAACGAAUCAAUGGACAGAGCUGAACACCAGAUGGGCCCUGCAGAGGAGAAGCCGGGACAAGCUGUAGACAUGAACUGAACUCUCCGUCAAUCAAUCGACUUGGAUGUUUCCAUUGGAUGUAUGCAGUUGCUGGGACAAUUUCAGGCUCUCUUCCCUAAAGCUUGGGUCAAACCACUAUAUAAUCAACACAUUGUCUGUCAGAUAGUCACCCAAAACCUCUUUACUCUCCUCUUCUCUUCUUCUCUGUUCUCCUUUCCUCUCCUCUUUUCUCUUCUCUGUUUUCCUCUCCUUUCCUGACCUCCUCUCUUCUUCUCUCUGUUAGGAGCAGGUUAUGUGGACCUUGUACAAAACAAUAACAAAAACAAUGGUUUAUUUAGAUCUUAUCUCAUUCUUUUAAAAACCAAAUAGGAGCUUUGAAAUAUUUUUUGUCCAAACUGAUCUUUAUUUUUAAGUCCCUGAGUGUGUUCCAAAGUGCCCCACUAUCCCCUACCCCCCCUACAUAGUGCACUUUGUGAAAGUUAUUGGUACAUGAAACGCCUUAAGUAAGGAACACACCUCUACUUUGUCCUUCAGCCCCCUUCUUCCUGCCAUAAAAGGCACAACUUAUAAUACUGUGGAUUUGUAAAGGAAUACAUAUACUGUAUAAAUACAUCACGUAAUGUAUUAUAAACCCUAAAUAAUGAACUAUAUGUGAGACUAUAUUAAUGAUAUUUAAUAUAGAUGUAUGCAUAUUUAUUUUUUUCCUCUAUAAAGUAUACAUGAGAUAUAGUUAUAUUUGAAAGACUGCAGCUAUACUGUGUAUUAUAGGGCAUAGGGGGAGAGACUGCAGCUAUACUGUGAGUAGUACCAUCAACAGAUUAAAUAGUUAGAAUGCUAUUUUAUUUCUUCUAAACCUUUAGUUUAUCCAGGUUUUCUGGACAGACCUGGUUGGGUCGAGGUUUGCUUUAGUGCUUCAUCAUUAAUGUUGAAUCAACGUUGAAUCAAUGUUGUAUGUUGGUUGUGUGUCCCUCUGCAUUUGGAGCUAUAGGACUGGCUCAUUGUAAUGGCUUGAAUGGCAUGAAUGGUCAAACAUGGUAUCAAACACAUGGCAACCACAUGUUUGACUCCAUUCCAAAACUCCAUUCCAGCCAUUGCAAUGAGCCUGUCCUCCUAUAGCUCCUCCCUCCAGCCAUGGUUGGUCUCAUAGCCCCUGUAGUACAAGGAGAGAGAGAGUUGUGUUGUUUAACAUAACAUUAUACUAUACACUGGACUGGUGUCGGUCACGUGACCUCACAGAUUAUAAUAUUACUUUUUCUUAAAACUCUUAAGUAAGAAUGUUACUCUUAAAACUCCUGUUUGUAAAUUAAUGUCAAUGAAGCAUGCUGCAUCGAGACUGUGACCUCCCACUUCACUUUCAAGCAUCUCUCUCUCCUCUAUUUCUCUCCCCUUCUCCUUCAUUCCCUCUCUCCAUCUCUCUCUCCUCUAUUUCUCUCCCCUUCUCCUUCAUUCCCUCUCCCCAUCUCUCUCUCUCCUCUAUUUCUCUCCCCUUCUCCUUCAUUCCCUCUCUCCAUCUCUCUCUCCUCUAUUUCUCUCCCCUUCUCCUUCAUUCCCUCUCUCCAUCUCUCUCUCCUCUAUUUCUCUCCCCUUCUCCUUCAUUCCCUCUCUCCAUCUCUCUCUCUCCUCUAUUUCUCUCCCCUUCUCCUUCAUUCCCUCUCUCCAUCUCUCUCUCCUCUAUUUCUCUCCCCUUCUCCUUCAUUCCCUCUCUCCAUCUCUCUCUCUCCUCUAUUUCUCUCCCCUUCUCCUUCAUUCCCUCUCUCCAUCUCUCUCUCCUCUAUUUCUCUCCCCUUCUCCUUCAUUCCCUCUCUCCAUCUCUCUCUCCUCUAUUUCUCUCCCCUUCUCCUUCAUUCCCUCUCUCCCUCUCUCUCUCUCUCUCUUCUGAAUGUGAAGAUGCUACUCAAACACAGUUGGUCUUAAAAUUGGGUGUUUAAGUCCUUCUGAAUGAUCCGAUAGCUGCUGUUCGGCUCGCCCCCACCAGACAUUUCAACAUCUAUAUUUGGUAUAUUUUUCUAUUCCUUUUUCUUACCUUUACAGAUUAAUUAAUAAGAGUGAUGAAAUCUGCAUGCUUCAUUUUGGUGCUAUAACCAAUGGUAGCGCCAGACUGUCAGCUUUUGUUUUCGGUUGCCAAUAUAGGAAGAUGAUGAACUUCUUUUUUUAUGAGUUGCUACAGAAAUAAACAUAUAUAAUAUGUGAUUAUAUAUCCUAUUAUAUACAGUUUCCAGUCCAAAGUUUGGACACACCCACUUAUUCAAGUGUUUUUUCUUUAUUUUUAAUAUUUUCUGCAUUCUAGAAUAGUAGAGAAGACAUCAAAACUAUGAAAUAACACAUAUGGAAUCAUGUAGUAACCCAAAAAAGUGUUAUACAAAUCUAAAUAUAUUAAGUAGCUAACCUUUGCCUCGAUGAUAGCUUUGCACACUCUUGGCAUUCUAUCAACCAGCUUCAUGAGGUAGUCACCUGGAAUACAUUUCAAUUAACAAGUGUGCCUUGUUAUAAUAAU